GCAAAGCCACAAGUGGCAGCGGGCGGGGCGGACGUGACGCAAACGCGCUUCCGGCGGGAGUGGGCGGUGCUUUGCGUCUCUUUCGAGGGAUGUCUGCGAGCCGCCUGGAAGCAAAGACUGUUGGAAUUGUAACACCCAGAAAACCUGUCUUAUCUGUCAGUGCAAGAAAAAUUAAGGACAAUGCGGCUGAUUGGCACAAUUUAAUCCUGAAGUGGGAAACCCUCAAUGAUGCAGGUUUUACCACUGCGAAUAAUAUUGCCAACUUGAAAAUCAGUUUAUUGAAUAAAGAUAAGAUAGAACUAGAGAGCAGCAGCCCAGCCUCGAAGGAAAAUGAAGGAAAGGUGUAUGUGGAAUAUAACGAGGAACUGGAGAAGCUGUGUGAGGAACUGCAGGCCACCUUGGAUGGUUUGACCAAAAUACAGGUGAAGAUGGAAAAGCUGACUUCAACUACCAAGGGAAUUUGUGAACUAGAAAAUUACCAUCAUGGGGAGGAAAGUAAGCGACCCCCUCUGUUCCACACGUGGCCCACAACCCAUUUCUAUGAGGUGUCUCGCAAGCUCUCGGAGAUGUACAGGAAGGAGCUGCUCCUGAAGCGCACAGUGGCUGAGGAGCUUGCACACACUGGGGAUCCCGACCUCACCCUGAGCUUCCUGUCCAUGUGGCUGCACCAGCCCUAUGUGGAGAGCGACAGCAGGCUGCACCUGGAGAGCAUGCUGCUGGAGACGGGCCACCGAGCUCUGUGACCUCCUGAGAUGGCAGUGGACACUGGCUCCUUCCACAUCUCCCCAGGUGGACAGGCUCCUGCCUAGGACCCAGUGCCGUAGUCCUGGAUCAGACCCCAGUUUCAGACCUGCUUAGGGUCUUCAGGCAAGAGCUUGUCCCCAGCCCUGUGGCCUCUCCAGGCAUGCCCACAGCCCGCAGCCAGCCCCACAUCAUGUCACUCAGCAUCCUCUGCCCCUCCUGGAAAUCUGUCACUCAUGGGUGCUUCUGAGUAAAAUAAAUGAGUUCCUGAACAGAA